UGCACGAGAGUAUUAUGGGCUGUAUGGAAUUCUGAAGCUAGAGCAGGCGGACUGGACUCGCGCUCACAGACAGCUAGCUUUGCUGCAAGCUAACGGUAGACGAAGGUAAACAUGGAGCUAUCAGCUGUUGGAGAGAGGGUGUUCGCGGCCGAAUCAAUCAUCAAGAGACGAAUACGACGGGGUCGAAUGGAAUAUCUCGUUAAAUGGAAGGGCUGGUCACCCAAAUACAGCACUUGGGAACCAGAGGAAAAUAUCCUUGACUCGCGCCUUUUCGUUGCCUUUGAAGAGCGGGAGCGUGAGAGAGAAAUAUUUGGACCCAAGAAAAGAGGACCUAAGCUGAAGACUUUUCUUCUAAAGGCCCAAGCUAAAGAAAAGGCAAAUUGUUAUGAAUUUAGGAAUGAAUCAUCCAGGGGCAUUCAUGUUGCAUAUCCCAGUCCAGAGCCUGUGAUAACCCCUAGAGCGAGAGAGGGACUGCGUGCUGUGGUUCCCACCAUUUUCCCUCCCAGCACAGUCAACCGAGGGGAGAGUGUAAAGCAUUCACCUCCAGAACCAAGGGAUCGUUCUCCAUCCUCACCAAGACCCUGCACUGAUGCAUUUACCCUUGCGCCAAAAAAGAGAGGACGGAAACCCAAAUUACGGUUCACAGAUGGCUACACAAGCUCCUUGCAUCCAGGGCAUGCAAAAAUAGCUGCAGAUGAAACCAUGGCAAGCAUUCCUUCCAAAAUGGCGAAGUUGGGUUUGGGUGAAGAUGAAGAGAGAUGCUCUGAAAUGAUUGGGAGAAUUAAAAUAUCUCACAAGCAAAUGGAUGCUACCCAUUCACACAAACAAAACAGAGUUGUUCCGAGCAGGAGUACCCAGCACAUUUCUCCAAAGUGGAAUUUGCAUUCCAGCAGGACUAAUCCACAAACAAGCCUAUUUGACCACAAACACCUAAAGCAUCAUUCAAAACGAAGGACAUUUGAACAUGGUGAUUCCACCAGCAGACAGCCUUCACUUAUCGCCAAAAUACCAGUGUCGCGCAUUUUUGGAGAGCCUGAGGAGGGAGAUCCUUGGAGACCCUCCUUUAGCAAUUUGGAAAAAGUUUUAGUUACUGAUGUGACAACAAACUUCCUGACUGUAACAAUCAAAGAGAGCAGCACAGAUAAAGGCUUUUUCAAAGACAAAAGAUGAGUUUGCAGCCAGUAUACCCUUCUUUAGAAGUCUUUUUAUCAUCAAAAAUAUUCUGUAUUGUGUAUUGUGUAUAUAUAUAAAAAAAUCGUAUUCUGUCCUAUUGCAAUCUGUAUUUAUUGUGAAAUUGUUGCUUUAAGAGAUUUGCAUGCUAGACAUGUCAAACAAUGCUAGAACUGCCUCCCAAUGAGUUUUUAGAUCAUUUGCUGUAAGUACAUUUUAAUUACAAAUUGGUAACAAAUAUAUAUGUCUAUUAGUUCUACCCUCAAACAUUUAGCCUUAAAAUCGACAUAUUACACAUUUAGCGUCAUAUUAUUGCGUUUUGAACGUUUUGAAAUCUUGUAAUUUACGUGGACUUUUUUUUGUUUUUUUUUUGGAAAGUUUAUAUUGUCAGUUACCUUGUGUCAUGGUACAACAAUCAUAUCAAUUUACAGAUAUAAAAGUGUAAAAUAAAAAUCUGGAUUUCAUCUCAAACUCAAAAA